GGAGGGGGCGGGGAGGGAAGCGGAGGCUGGGGAGCUCUAGGCCGGCCGGCGGUGGCGGCGGCAAGGCCUGGCCUCGGGCUGAGCGCCUGCUGUGGCGGCAGCGGCGGACGCCGAGAUCAGCAGAGGGUUUCUUUGGAAACCCCCCUGGUAAGUGUGGAGGAGGCGGGACACUCUGACCCAAGACAAAAGGCCUGUAGCUCCAGCCAAAGGAAAUAAACCUUAGGAGAGAGAAGGAAAAAAAAUAUCCAUCAGCUGUUCCCGAGAACAACCUGCAGUGAAAUUUACAGAGAGGACAACUAAUGUGAGUGAGGAAGUGACUGUAUGUGGACUGUGGAGACAGUAAGUCACGUGGGCCCUGAGGGCCUGGACUGGGUUAGGAAACAGUUGUACUUUCAGAGGUGAGGUGUCAAGAAGGGAAAAGUGAAUGUGGUCUGGAGUGUGGCCUUGGCUCCAAGGGGUGUGCUUUCCUCUGAGGCUGUCAGGAAGCUCAGCCCCUGUGUUCUGCCAGGGUGGGGUACAGGGUUUGGCACUGAGGAGGGUAACUUGCUGGCUGGAGCAGCAGAGCAGUGGCCUUGAUUUGUCUUUUGGAAGAUUUAAAAACCAAAAAGCAUAAACAUUCUGGUCCUUCAGCAAUGCUUUCUCUGAAGAAAUACUUAACGGAAGGACUCCUCCAGUUCACCAUUCUGCUGAGUUUGAUCGGGGUGCGGGUGGACGUGGAUACUUACCUGACCUCGCAGCUCCCCCCGCUCCGGGAGAUCAUCCUGGGGCCCAGUUCUGCCUAUACUCAGACCCAGUUCCACAACCUGAGGAAUACCUUGGAUGGCUAUGGUAUCCACCCCAAGAGCAUAGACCUGGACAAUUACUUCACUGCCCGGCGGCUCCUCAGUCAGGUGAGGGCCCUGGACAGGUUCCAGGUGCCAACCACUGAGGUUAACGCCUGGCUGGUCCACCGGGAUCCGGAGGGGUCUGUCUCUGGCAGCCAGCCCAGCUCGGGCCUCGCCCUCGAGAGUUCCAGUGGUCUCCAAGAUGUGACAGGCCCAGACAACGGGGUGCGAGAAAGCGAAACGGAGCAGGGAUUCAGUGAAGAUUUGGAGGAUUUGGGGGCUGUAGCCCCUCCAGUCAGUGGAGACUUAACCAAAGAGGACAUAGAUCUGAUUGACAUCCUUUGGCGACAGGAUAUUGACCUGGGGGCUGGGCGUGAGAUUUUUGACUACAGUCAUCGCCAGAAGGAGCAGGAUGUGGAUAAGGAGCUGCAAGAUGGAGCAGAGCAGGAGGACACCUGGCCAGGCGAGGGUGCAGAAGCUCUGGCACGAAACUUGCUAGUGGAUGGAGAGACUGGGGAGAGCUUCCCUGCACAGGUGCCUGGUGGGGAGGACCAGACAGCCCUGUCCCUGGAAGAGUGCCUUAGGCUGCUGGAGGCCACCUGCCCCUUUGGGGAGAAUGCUGAGUUUCCAGCAGACAUUUCCAGCAUAACAGAAGCAGUGCCUAGUGAGAGUGAGCCCCCAGGUCUUCAAAACAAUCUUUUGUCUCCUCUCCUGACGGGGACAGAGUCUCCAUUUGAUUUGGAACAGCAGUGGCAAGAUCUCAUGUCCAUCAUGGAAAUGCAGGCCAUGGAAGUGAACACAUCAACAAGUGAAAUCCUGUACGAUGCCCCUCCAGGAGACCCACUGAGCACCAACUACAGCCUUGCCCCCAACACUCCCAUCAAUCAGAAUGUCAGCCUGCAUCAGGCGUCCCUGGGGGGCUGCAGCCAGGACUUCUCACUCUUCAGCCCGGAGGUGGAGAGCCUGCCUGUGGCCGGCAGCUCCACGCUGCUCCCGCUGGUCCCCAGCAAUUCCACCAGCCUCAACUCCACCUUUGGUUCCACCAACCUGGCAGGGCUCUUCUUUCCACCCCAGCUGAAUGGCACAGCCAAUGACACAGCAGGCCCUGAGCUGCCUGACCCACUCGGGGGUCUGUUAGAUGAAGCCAUGCUAGAUGAGAUCAGCCUGAUGGACCUGGCCAUUGAAGAAGGCUUUAACCCCGUGCAGGCCUCCCAGCUCGAAGAGGAAUUUGACUCUGACUCAGGCCUCUCCUUGGACUCCAGCCAUAGCCCUUCCUCCCUGAGCAGCUCUGAAGGUAGUUCUUCCUCCUCCUCGUCCUCCUCCUCCUCUUCUUCCUCUUCCUCUUCCUCUACUUCUUCCUCAGCCUCUUCCUCCUUUUCUGAGGAAGGUGCAGUUGGCUACAGUUCUGACUCUGAGACCUUGGAUCUGGAAGAGGCUGAGGGCGCUGUGGGCUACCAGCCCGAGUAUUCCAAGUUCUGCCGCAUGAGCUACCAGGACCCAGCUCAGCUCUCCUGCCUGCCCUAUUUGGAGCAUGUGGGCCACAACCACACAUACAACAUGGCACCCAGUGCCCUCGACUCUGCUGACCUGCCACCACCCAGCACCCUCAAGAAGGGCAGCAAGGAGAAGCAGACCGACUUCCUGGACAAACAGAUGAGCCGGGAUGAGCAUCGAGCCCGAGCCAUGAAGAUCCCCUUCACCAACGACAAGAUCAUCAACCUGCCUGUGGAGGAGUUCAACGAGCUGCUGUCCAAGUACCAGCUGAGUGAAGCCCAGCUGAGCCUCAUCCGUGACAUCCGGCGCCGUGGCAAGAACAAGAUGGCGGCGCAGAACUGCCGCAAGCGCAAGCUGGACACCAUCCUGAACCUGGAGCGGGAUGUGGAGGACCUGCAGCGCGAUAAAGCCCGGCUGCUGCGGGAGAAGGUUGAGUUCCUCCGGUCCCUGCGGCAGAUGAAGCAGAAGGUCCAGAGCUUGUACCAGGAAGUGUUUGGGCGGCUGCGGGAUGAGAACGGGCGGCCCUACUCGCCCAGUCAGUAUGCGCUGCAGUAUGCCGGGGAUGGCAGCGUCCUCCUCAUUCCCCGCACCUUGGCUGACCAGCAGGCCCGGCGGCAGGAGAGGAAGCCGAAGGACCGGAGAAAGUGAGCCUGGGGAGGAAGGGGGUUGACGCUCACCGAGAUGGAAACUGGAGAAGGGCUGGGCCUGGACCUGGACCUACAGCGGGGACUUUAAUGCCUUCUUAUCCAAUAGAUCUCAGAUGGGAUGACUGCGGGUCAGUGGACAGGAAGAGGCAGGCGCAGGCGCUGUCUGGCUCAGCUUCCCCCACUGAGGGGGGUGGAAGUGGCCAGACCGUUUGGGUGGACAGGGUCCUCACCCCUACCCUUUUCCUUUGAGGGAAGGGUGGUGCUGGCAUUGCUGGAGGCCGAAAAAGGGAAAGUAAGGGACUUGUGAGAGGAGAGGAAAGUAGUAGAAAGUCUCAUUCCUGGAAGGAAGGAAGGAAGGAAGGAAGGAAAACAGAAAACCCAGAAAAAUCAAAGCGGGAAGAAAAUCAGAGGGCAGGUUAAGUUGGCUCUGGCCAGGAUUCCAGGCAGCAGGUUUUAGAGGGGACUAGAUUACUGGUGUGAGUAAACCCCACUUCAGCCUAGGGGAGGGGUGGAACACGGAGUCGGUUCUGAGAGGGGCCUGUGAACUCUUCCUGCUCCUGCACUUUGGCAUCCCUGACGGGGAGCUCUCGGAUAAUAUCUCCUGUGAGGUUUCCAUCAGAGGGGAGCCCCUGGGACCCGACACUGGCUUGGAGGGUUAGGAUCAAAGGGUAGAGUCAACAGGCAGGGGUCGUGAGGCCUCAUGCUGCAGCAGCCCCAACACCAAGCAUGUCACUCACUGCCCUGCCAUACCUCUUCCUCUGUGCCCAGUCACCCCUGAGCUGAGGCUCCCACGUCUCCAUCAGAGCCUGCAUGCGAAUGCUGUUCUCUUCCCACCCGUGUGCCCCCGCCCCUCACCAGCUGCCUGGAGCUCUUCUGGAGCUGGGGUGCUGGCAGUGCCCACAGGGCUGGGCCUGCAGCCUCCUGGGAGCUGCUCUGAGGCAGGGGGAUGAUGUGGAGAAGCCAGGCAGUAUUCAGCACAACACUGGGGAGUGACUCUUCCCUCAGGCCUCCCCUACCAACAACUGGGCUUUGUCACUGGAAAGACAAAAAACUACAAAACCCAGCAGCAACAACAAAAACUAGUCCUCUUAGAGUUUCUUGCGCUUUGAUUUUUUUAGGGCUUGAGCCCUGUUUCACUUAUAGGGUCUAGAAUGCUUGUGUUGAGUAAAAAGGAGAUACCAAUAUUCAAAGCUGCUAAAUGUUCUCUUUGCCAUAAAGACUCCGUGUAACCGUGUGAACACUUGGGAUUUUUCUCCUCUGUCCCGAGGUCUCUGUCUUUCUUUUUUGGGUUUCUUUCUAGGAGACUGAGAAAUGCAUGUAACAGGGGCUGAGGGUACCCCUCCCUCAGGCUCUUGGCCACAGGCAGCUUCUCCACACCCCCAGUUUAGCAAGGGCUCCUGGAGGACCGCCUGGGGGAGGCAGAGAGGGGAGCGCCAAGGUGGCCAGGUGGUUCCAGGACCACAGUGUCUCUAACUGUUGCCACUGCUGUCCCCACCUCGGCCUGGGUCUGGAGCAUUGUCUGCCCCAGGCUAGCAGGAAUGAGUUGAAGGGGGGAAGCACUGAUUCUCCUCCCUGCUUAGGUGGGGAGGCAUUCUAACUGAGCAGUAGGGAUAGAAGGCACGAGCCUGGGAAGUGCUUUUAUAAAUUAUUUUCCUUGUAGAUUUUAUUUUUAAUUUAUCUCUGUGACCUGCCAGGGAGAGGAGAGAGAGAUGCUGUGAGCACAUGACAAAAUAAAAUAAAAUAAAAUGGAUGAUUUA